AUGGCCUCCCUCUCUAGGAAACCUCUUGCUCCCCGCUCUCUACCACAGAAACGCCCCCGUUCACCAGACCACCAUGACCCACUUCCCACCACCAAGCGUGUCCGACCAGCUCCUCGCCCAACCCAUGACCCAGCAAAGGACCGCAAAAAUCCAGAUAAGGAGAAAGUAAAAGCACAACUCAAGGCCGAAUUCAAAGACAAGUAUUGCCGCGCUUUUCCAUCUUGGAUUUUCUAUUUCGACUCGGAGAACACUCAGGCUCACCCCUUCGAAGCUAGGAUACAUCAACUGGGAGCCACAAUCGAAGACUUCUUCUCGAAGCAGGUCACUCAUGUCAUUACCGAUCGACCUAUCCCUUCUUCCGUUGAGAAAGAAAAGGAGAAUUUGUCAAAGUCUUCCAAAACCUUUUUGAAGAGCCCCAUAAGACUCAAGGGAAGGUGUGUCAAGUUAUUGUUGCUCUUUCUCUCCAAACCGCCUCACAAUCUUCAAAGAGUGGGAGAAGAAACGAAAUCAGCUCCGGGUUUCGAUUUAGUCGCCAAGGCCAUCUCCUUCGGUCUCAAAGUAUGGAGCCCAACAAAACUUGAAAGUGUGUUGGCCAGAUGUAUAGAUCAACCACCGGUCAACAAGUCUAUCCUUCCCUGCCAGCAAACUGCCGCUCCCCACCCCCAACGCGCCUUGACUCGCCUACUUCAAAGUGAAAAGAUUCACGGGAGUACAGAGCGUGACCCAACUCAGAAGAGGCACGAUUAUCGUUAUUUCUCCCGAGCAACUCAUUUCGUUCUCGUCGAAGACUUGCGUCAAGAACUUGCUACCCUCAUUGCUCACGAAUAUCCUCCACCCAAACGAGAUGCAGGCCUCAAGACUCCCUGGCCAACCUUGCAUUGUCACCCGCAUUCUCGCGGUCCCUUUAUUGUUUUUGAUGAAAAAGAGAAAAAGCGGUGGGAAAAGAUGCAACAAAUUGGCAAAGGCGUAAAGAUUGGUCACACCGAUCGCGGAAAGCGAAAUGAUUGCGACGCACGAAUUGAGACGAUGAAGAACACGGUUCACGCGAAGGAUAGUGUGAAGCCUGGUGCCGACUUGAGACGUUCCGUUUCUUUGAACAAUCUUCGUCGUCAAAUGUCACACAAGGACCCUGUUGUUGAAGAUGUCGGUGGUUUUGGCGAUAACGUAGACCACGUCAACGCUUCAGGUUUCCUCGCCUCGGGUUAUAUGGCCGCCUCGGGAAAUAGCGUUGGUUUAACUUCGACGACAGGGACCACGUCCACCUCUGGAUAUUUUUUGAGAAACGGACCUUUGCCCUCUGCCCUCGUUGGUCAGAUAAAGAAAGAGGUUGUUACGUCGCGCAAAUUUCCAUCUGCGAACAAACUUCAGCCUGCCAGCCUCAUGGGACCACCUAAAACUGUUCCCCAUAGACAGCCGGUGUUGAAGAAGAGUAAGAGUACCAACACGCUCAAGUUACCGAAACGGGAGGAGGGCAGCAAGCCUGGUUAUUGUGAGAGUUGUCGUCAAAAAUUCGAUGAUUUUAAAGCGCAUGUUAGUGGACGGAAGCAUCGCACAUUUGCGAUGGAAGCUGCCAACUUUGCCCAACUAGACUGUGUUCUUGCUCGCGUUCAGCGACGUACUCGUCGCGAGGUCGAGGAGGAACAGCGGAAAAGAGUGCUGACGCGGCGGAGUCGGUGCGCUGAAGGGCAUCGUCACAUAAUUGGUAUAAAUUGGCAUCUUUCCAAGUAG